GAAGCUAUGUUAUUAUUAAGCUAUCAACCAAAAAGUUCAUGAAAAGACAGGAAUCAUUGGGUGUUUAUAAAAGACAAAAAACUACUGAAUUUAGAAAUUCGCCAGUAAAACUAGAAAGGAGAAUAACUGGCGGUGUAUCGGCAGUGCAAAGAAUGGACGCCAUGAUGGCCAUGGUCGUUCUUGUAUAUUACAUUAGCUGGCUGCCUUUCCUGUUUAACAACCUUGCCAGUCUUAUUACUGGUAAAGAACCCAAUAAAAACGUSUCUCUUGUUGCCGGUCUGAUGUCUUUGCUUCAUGCCUUGGUUAACCCGAUUCUAUAYGGUAAAAUGAGCCAGCGGUAUCGCCGAGGAUAUCUACAAGUGCUGAAAACAAUAAGGAUGUUAUGUGGAGGCGAACAGCCAGUCAGCCUCAAUAAAGAGUCUCUGACAGCUCUUUGGCGAAUACAGAAGGCAGAUAAACUGCAAGUACUUAGUACCGGAGAUAAUCUUGGAUUUUCCUCUGAGAACAAAGAACUAUGCACUCGCCAUGGAACUGCACAAGACGAGAUAACAGACGAUAAUGCACUGCAAUCCGAGGUGAAAUGCAUCCUCGACGAUAUCAUAGUCAGAAUUGUGAAGACGGAUGAGAAUUAGAGUCAACGGAUUCUAAAAGGUUACGUCAUCAAAGCUAAGGCCGAAAGGGARCAUGGGAAAGCAAAUUA